UCUUAAUUAUAAAAAUAUACUAAUAACAGUACUCCGUGAUUACUCGAGAAAGUUCGUCUGCAGCAUGGUGGAUGUUGACGUUUCAUUUGUGUGUAACUGCGUGUUUUGAGGUUACCAGAUGACCCUCACACAGCAGAAUGAAGAUCCUGACACAUCAGACAUCCUCUGUGUGGGCACGGCGUAUGCGCUGUCUGCAGCUUAUAAGUUCAGACACUGCAGAAAAUAAGGCAGCCUUAUUUCCGACUCCAGGCAGAGCUAUGUUGUGGAGAGAUAAGCUUAAUAGAUUGAGACAAGUCAGACCUUACAGUAUCAAAUGCAAUAGCCCAGAUGGAGAAAUGAAGGAAGAAUAUGUUUCACAUAUAAUUCAGCCUAAUAAAUAUGCCACCAUGCAGGUGAACAUGAUGAACAGAGCUCCUCAAGAUCUGAAAAGGUUUCUUGAAAAGGUUGGCACAGAUGCAAAGCAAGCGCGCUACUGGCUGAAAGAAUUCCAGAGACAGUCGGAUCCUCACAGUCCUUUUGCUGUGAUCCAGAUAGAGGAGUCUAUAUUUUCUGAGUCUGAACUGUUAGAAAGUCUGGCUUCAUCACUGUCAUUCCUCCAUCGCAAUGAUAUGAAAGUGGUCUUAGUCCAUGGAAGCAGUCUGUCAGAUAGCCUGGGGAGUAGUUCACUGGAAGCACUACAGAAACACCGAGCACAGCUCAGCUCAAAUUCCAUGCUACUUGCAAGUUGUUUAGAAUCUCACGGAGCACCCAGCCGCCCUCUAUUCGUAGGGACAAAUGUGCUGCAGGCACAGAUGGAAGGUACAAUGCACAGUUCCAUUCAGAAGGUGGAAAAAGGUCCUAUAAGCUGGUGCUUUCAGUCAGGUCACAUUCCCAUCUUGCUGUCUGUGGGGGAAACACAAAGUGGACAGAUUGUGCCUCUAGAUCUGACCCACACCACUGAGCAACUGAGCUUGGCCUUAAAACCAUUCAAAGUGAUGUUGCUCAACUCCACUGGGGGAUUUUACAAUGAAAAUGGAGAGGUUAUCCCAAAUGUGAACCUCCCCCUUGAUUUAGAAACCUGUAAUUCUAAACCCUGGUGUGACAUAAGGAAGGUUCAACAAAUUUCAUCUUUGUUGCACUCCCUGCCAGCUCAAAGUUCUGUGGUGAUAACCUCUGCGGGCGCAAUACUUACAGAACUUUUCACACAUCAAGGUUUUGGCACCCUUUUUAAGAUCACAGAACCAAUCCACAUGCACACCAGUUUUGAUGAAGUGGACCGUGAGAGACUACUGGCUUUGUUUAACAGGUCAUUUGGUAAAGAUCUCAAUGAAAACUAUUUCAACUUUAUUGAGAAGAGAUUGAAUACUCUGUAUUUAUCUGAGAAGUAUAAUGCUGCGGCUGUCAUAACCAAUGAGUCGGAGGUAAAGGUGCCGUACCUGGAUAAGUUUGCUGUCAGUUUACAAAGUCAGGGUCAAGGGACAAGUGAAAUGCUUUGGGAUUGUAUACGCAGAGAUUUUGAUAGUUUGUUUUGGAGAUCACGUAGCAAAAACAUGAUCAACCCAUGGUAUUUUAGAAGAUCGGAAGGUAGUUGGAGCAAUGGAGCUUGGAUAGUAUUUUGGUAUGGAAUAUCAGAGCACAAAAUGACAUCCUCCUUGAUUGACUUUGCAUUGUCAUUGUCCUCCUCAUUUAAGGAAACUGGAACUGGGGAAGACAAUACACUUGUAGAAUAGUGAGAAAGAUAGAAAAGACGCCUUCAGUAACCAGCUUUGAGAGUGUAGUGCAUGUUAGAUUUGCAGUAACAGAUUGUCACCAGUAGCAAACAUAAAAAUUGUUUGUUUGUCCGAGUUACAGUUUCAAACUCAGAUCUUGAUAAUGUUCCUCUAUCACAGCUGAAUGACAUUAAGAACUAAUUUUUUUGUUUUUAUUAUAAUUUUACCAAGUAAGGAAUGGAAAGGGACAGAUAACUGGGUAAAAUCAAUUUCAAAAUUGUAUUUACAGGACUAAACAAACUGCCUUUAAGAAUGAGUUUUUAUUUUAUUUUAUAUAUAUAUUUUACAUCUUCAAAUGGGCAAUCAUGGCAGUCCUCAUGAUGCCAGUUUCUGAAGGUGACAUCUUGAAUACAACAGGCCAGUCCCUUUGCAGCUGUAUAUGUCAGCCUGUCACGAUCUCUGUAAACAUCACAUGGAAGCCAGUUGACAGGUGCUGUAAACUUAACAAUACAUUUGUUGAAUUUCAAAUCAACAAACUAAUUGUAACAUACAUAAGUUACACUUGAUUUGAAGAAAGAGGUCUUUAGUGGUCAUUUUACACAUAUUUUCAUAAAAAUGCUAAACAAUUUUUUUUUGUAACUUGUAAUUAUAUCACAUUUUAGUGAUUCUAUUGGUUCAGAUAUGGCAGUUGCAAUAAAGUGAAAACUGAGACCAG